AUGGAAUCAGAUUCGAUUUUGAGUGGCAAUAUUAGUGAGCAACGAUGGGUGGAUCAAAUCAGCAAGAAUUUCGAUGAUGAGGUUGGCAACAUUAGCGACAUUCCCGUUUGUGUGUUCAGUGUCCCGAAAUCCACAAGCCAUUUCAAGCCUGAGGCUUAUGUACCUCUGGCUAUAGCACUUGGACCAUACCACCAUUUUGAGACUCAUCUCUACCAAAUGGAAAGGUACAAAGUUGCUGCUGUUAAAGACCUCUUGAACGAUGAUCAACUUUUAUCCUUCGAGACCCUCGUGAUCAACAGGCUUAAAGAGAAGGAGCUCAUGAUUCGCGCUUGUUACCACAAGUAUAUAAACCUUGAUGGCGACACAUUGGCUUGGAUUAUCGCUAUUGAUGGUUUGUUCUUGCUUGAUGUGUUCAGGCACUAUGGGGACGUUGCACCCUUGAUGCCCAAAAAGCUGAUAAAUGAUGGUGUACUCUAUAGAGACAUAAUGGUGCUUGAGAACCAAAUUCCCUUGCGUUUAUUGAGUGAAAUACAGAAGAUCCUUCGUCUCUCAUGCACUGAUGAUAACAAUAACGGCGAACAAGAGUUGUUCUCCAUGUUGAGAGAAUUUUGUGAGGUACACUCUCCUCUCAAGUUGGGAAAAGAUUCUAAUCAUGGUGUUGGAACGGGAUACUUGCAUUUGCUUGAUCUUAUGUAUCAUCUGAUUGUCAACAAUCAAUCAACUACAGACCCUCUUCAAGUUCUAGUAAUGCAACGUAAGGACAAUGAUGAUGCCAUGAAAUGGAAGGAAAAAGACGACAUCAACCUCACAGAGAUAGAAGAGGUUGUGGAAAUGGGAUUACGUCUUGGUGUGGGUAAAAAAGCUGAUCGUCCUAUUCAGGUCAUAAAGAAUAUCCCUUGGGAAAAAAUAUCGAAUUUGGUAGGUCUAAAAAUAAGUCAACAAUCCAGCGAAGAAGAUGAUAACAAACCUGAAGUCACCGAAAUUGAAAUUCCCUCGGUGUCAUCUCUUACCAAAUAUGGUCAAAUCAGUUUCUGCCACACCACCGGAGGGAUUAGGGACAUUAAGUUUGAAGAAAGCGAAGCGACUCUAUACCUUCCGGUGAUUGCUCUUGACAUAUACUCAGAAGUGGUAUUGAGAAAUCUGAUUGCUUACGAAAUGGCAACCUAUAAUUCAACACCCGAACUGGCCCAAUAUGUCGACUUAAUGAGUGGAAUUAUUGAUACAGAGGCGGAUGCGAAUUUACUUAGAGAUAAGGGAAUAAUUAGAGGAAAUCUAAAUAAUAAAGAAAUUGCGGAUCUCUUCAACGGGAUAAACAAAUGUAAUGGGUAUAAAAGUGGUAACAAGACGGUUAAACAGGUAAAUGAGUACUACAACAAUAGACCCAGGAUAAAGGCGUUGAGGUUCAUGAAGAAAGACCUGAUUUGCUCGAAGAGAGUUGCAACAGUGGUUUUGACAAUUAUUUUGUUCUUGUUAAUGAGUCUAUACUCGUUCUGUGAAGUCUAUGGUUGUCCAAAACUAUUCGACAAAAAGUAA